AUUUCAUCAGAAGUGACGUCAUCAUUUAUGACGCAGAACAAGUAAUGGCGGAAAUAAAUCAGGAUAAAAAAAUGCAAUUCUUUUCAAGAAUUUCUGGAUUGUGAGCACUGAAGGAAUUUAGAGUUUCCUGGCGCAAAUUAAAACAGCCAUAUUCAAUAAAGGAUGGGUGCUAGGACAGGAGGAAUAGUUUUGACUGUAUUGAAAAUUUGUUCGUGGAUUUUUACAGCUAUCAUUUCAACAUGUGAAAGUUCUAAAGUGUAUAAAGUGGAUCAUUAUAGUGGAAGUUUAGGUGGAGAAUCAAGGCUUACUUUAAUUGGGAAAGGGUUUUCAACAGACCAUUUUAGACAGUAUGAGGACCCUAAUGCUGGGAACAGGGUGUACCUUGUCAGUAAGUCGGGCAUUCAAUACAAUUGCCCGGUAGAUAAUUAUGCCACAUCAGUAACACGACUCUUCUGUCAUACUCCAGAAGGCAUGAAAGAGGAGGAUCAUUAUAUCAGAGUCGUUGUCGACGGAGUUCCUAGCCAAAUAUGUCAGGGUAAAGACAAGUCUGUUUUUUGCAGUCACAGGCCAAGUAGAGCAGUUACACCAACUAUCACCAAACUCUCUGUCCGUUCUGGAAGACCAGGUGAGAUUAUUCAAAUGGAUGGAAAAAUUUUUACUAAUAAAUACGGCAGCAGCAUGACGGGUAAUACUAAGUUACUAAGGGCGUAUGUUGGACCUCGAGAGUGUGACGUGAAGAACAAUGAUAAAUUCUAUGGCUAUCAACUUAAUAGGCUUUCUACAGAUGGAAGCAUGAAAUGUAAAACUCAAGGUUCAUCUGUCGGAUUUUUCAACGUAACUUACGUUCUUUCAUUUGCUUAUGGAAGAUCAAUGGCUGAUGCUGAUUUGUAUCGUGUAUCUUAUACUGAUGAAAUUUAUAUGUAUCAAACAUAUACAGACAUUACCAAUAUAAGUCAUUCAGUUGGCAGUAAGGCUGGAGGUCUGACACUUACUAUUUACGGAAAUUAUUUUGAUGAGAGAGCACCUUAUUCCAAAUCGAGGGCUUAUGUAGGAGACACUGUUUGUGACGUCAAAAAUGUCGUUAACGAUGAAUAUGUAGAAUGUAUUGUGGCUGCAGACCCACAAUAUACAGCAUCUAAAUUUGAGGGCAACAGGGGUGUCAAUUUCGAGUACUGGAAAUCCACAUUAAAAGGAGAAAAUGACCUUGACAUUAUUUUGUCCCUCGGUAGCUCCGAUCCCGGCUACAAGUCAACAACGCUCGAUGAAACGUAUUUUGACAGUAAAAAUGAUGACAAUAUAUAUGAUGCACACGCAAGCAGAAUGACAACAUACUUUCGACCACCCCACACUGGAGAAUACCAAUUCCAACUUCUUGCAAAAAGUGGAGCUAGGCUAUAUGUUGAUGGGAUGGAAACUGUUACAUCUAUAAGUACUUGGGAAUCGUCUGAUCGAAUGAUGUUAAAUGAAACAAGAAGAUAUUUACUGGAAAUUACUCACUAUGCCAGUGCUUCCAAAUCCAAUAUAAACUUGCGGGCCAAGUUCUUUAACACAAAAUUCACUAAGGCCUGGACGUCAAAGGCUGUGCAAGAAACUCAAACUAUCAAGAUAACUUCAACUUUGAAAAAAGAAGAACAGCAACUGUCAUUUAAGUGGUUCACAGGUCAAAACCACACCCAAGAAGUUCAGAAAGUUGAAAUUACGCAAGGAGACACUUUUAGACUUGGAUUAUUUGGAGUAUUCACCGAACCAUUGAUGACGACAAUGGAAGACUCCAUGAUACAAACAGCUCUUGGAUCCUUGCCAAUAUGGGGAGCGGACGAGUCCAUUCUUGUUGAAAGAUAUUCAUCUGACCCACCCUCAUAUAAGCUUACAUUUCAGUCAAGGAGAGGUGACUUUCCAAAGGUUGAUGUGAGGGAAGUAGCCAACAGCUCUGGAGUAGAAUAUAUUGUGACAGAGCAGACUAAAGGAGUUCCAGAUUUAGACAUGGUCGCCCUCAAAUUUGAAGGCAUUGUUUCGGAACCAUUCUCUGUAGCUUCACUUGAUACUGUAAUGAUUAAAAGGGUAGUCGAGGGAAUGUUUUCAGCCAAGUGUCCAAUUGUGUUUAGCAGUCCAAGUAAGAUGGCAUAUUAUCAGAAUUUUGAAAGACAAACUUCAGCAUUCUCAGGAACAGUUGUUAUGGACACUGAACCAUUCUGUGGGCGAUCUGUUCUCAAAAACCCAUCUCGUAUUUUCAGAGGGAUAUACUCUACAAAAGUUCCAAUAAUGCUGUCAACGUUUGGAACGAUCUGCUUUGCAUACAAAGGGAUUUUGGUGAACAUCAUCGGUGCAAGGUAUAUAUACAAAUACUCUGCAAACAAUAUUAUUGGAAGCCGAACGUCGGAGUUCAAGUACGAUUUCCAGACAGAAUCGACAACAGGAUCAAAUAGGUGGUACUACACAUGUAUUGACAUGUAUGCCAUGGUUGUUGCUGCCGUUCCUUCAUCAAGUGAACAGCGUCUAACGGAGGCAUGGGUUAUGAAAGCUAGCAGUCAGGAUGUUUAUAUUGACUCUCUUUUCAUCGGACGUGGCCCAACAACUGAUGAUACAGAGGCAUAUUUACAAAGAUUGAAACCAGCUUUGCCAAAAAUCAAUGUCGUUGGCAGGAAUCCUUUGUCUUUUGUGCAUUAUGUAUCUGUUGCUACAGUUUCUGCUGACACAUAUAAAAUAAAUCUUACACCAUUGGACAUGGGCUUCAACUUCCCGCUGUUUGAACUUGCAAAUGCAGGAGUUACUUCAGGUGUGGCAAGUAGUUCUAGUACCAAUGUGGCCAUGGCCUUAGAUAAUGGUGGUGGAUCUGGGGUUCUCAUGGUGACCAGGAUUUCACAGGCAUCACCACCGGUGAAUGGACUUGUUGAGUUGUCUCUUAAUGGACUUGGGUUGCAGAAGGAUAUAGAAAUUUCUCAACCAGCAGCGAAUUUCCAAAGGGAACUAGAGUCAAUUCAAGGCAUGGGAUCUGUAAAUGUAGUCAAGAAGGGUGAUGGUGCAAACUUUGAAUUGACUAUUACAUUUCUUUCACUACCAGGAGAUCUUCCACCUAUGACGGUUUUGUACGACCGUGUCCUAGGAAAAGAUGUUCAAAUAAUUGUUGAAACAAAGGUAGACGGAGGCUUGUUCUAUGAUCCACUUACAGGCGAUAUGGUAUCGACGGUGCACAGCUCGCCUCAGGUUAGACUUUUCAUCAACGAUAUACCCACGGCUUGUACUGAUGACUGCUCGUUCAACUGGGAUUCAUCCUCCACGCCAACUAUUUCCGGUAUCAGCCCACAAUCAGGAUCAUCAUCAAUAUCUACGACUGCUUUUAUUACUGGGACAGGAUUCAGUACUGUCAUAAGCAAUAACCAGGUGAUAAUAGGAGGAGUUGAAUGUACAGUAACUGGUUCAUUGGCGACUAUUAUCACGUGCGAUGUCGGUAACGGGCCAGUGGGACCACAUUCUGUAGUCGUGACAGUUGAUGGUAAAGGUAACCCUGAAGGUAGCGUUCAGUUUACUUACACAGCAGGUAUAUCAUCAUUGGCCCCUACGUCAGGAAGUCUUGGAGGUGGUGGGAAACUAACAAUCAGUGGUUUUGGUUUCAAAAACGGUGCGAAUGUAACAAUCAACUCCAAGAAUUGUCUUGUUGUCUCAAUACAAGCAGAUGCAAUUGUGUGUUUGGUACCACAAUCGACAUCUGCCGGUACUUACGAUGUGGUCGUUGAUCAGGAGUCUUCUUCAUUAAGUUAUUCUGGAUAUACAUACAAUUCUGGACUGACCGCUUUAGUAAGCAGCAUUGUGCCAUCAACAAUAGAUGUGACAGGUGAAAAUAUAAUUAUAUCUGGGUCAUCAUUUUCUCCAAGCAAAGGUUCUGUAUUUGUUGGCUCAGUUGAAGCAGCCGUUACAUCUUGGUCGGAUAGUCAAAUCGUGAUAUCUGUUCAUGAUGUACUCCCAGGCAUUCAACAGCUCAGAAUAGAAGCUCCAAAUGGAUAUGCAGUAAAAGCGAACACCUUUGAGUUACCAACAGUGAAUGUUGAUUUGAAAAUAACAAAUGUUUACCCUCUACAAGGUUCAUUGUUAGGUGGAACGAAAUUGACAAUAACCGGAUCUGGAUUCGGAACUGACGAUAAUGCUGUGGUUGUGAAGAUUGGGGAUGUCAAUUGUGAAAUCUUGUCUUUAACCAACACUCAGAUACUCUGUCAAAUUGAAGAUUUAAGAAAAAUCCACCAAGUAACAAACAUGGGCGUUGAUCCAGAUUUUGGUGUUUAUUACGCCUAUGACAAACCAUUUAUUACUAUUAACGAGGGAGAUUUUGUUAACUGGUCGUGGAAAACGGCAGCUUUUGUCACUGAUGUCACUCAUUCUGUAACGGAAAUAGAAAAUCCCGGUUUUUUGGUUGCUAAGAAAGGUGGAUUUAGUAGUGGCAGUCCCAGCAGAGAUGGCAGCUUUAGGCAUCAGUUUGUGAAGGCUGGACUUUACUAUGUAUGGAGCGGCAUGGUCAGCAUUUAUAAUAACAAAUAUUAUAUUGGCCAAAUCAAAGUUGUCCCUGCAAUAACAACUUACCAAAGAGUCAAUGUUAUAUUAGGAAAGGCAUGGGCAUUGAGUUACAGGGGAGGUUCUUCAAAUCCAAUAGAUGGGUCUAAUUGUCAGUCUGUUACAUCAGGCAAACAAUCCUGUUCUGACAACAAGUUGGAUUGGUAUGAUCUUGACAAGUUCAUCUUCACCUUCUGGACAUGUAGCACACCUGUUGUAAACUCGAUCAAUGUUAACAGUGGAACAACAAAGACAGAUAUAGUUAUAACUGGUGAAGGAUUUUCUAAUACAGAAUGCCAGAAUGAGGUCAGUUUUGGUGGCAUCCCUUGCAUUGUGAAAUCAUCUUCUGAAGACACUCUUACAUGUAAUUUGGAAAAUUCAGGAGAACCUGAAUUAGGAAUACUACAUCAGAUAGAUAUGAGGGUACACAAUCGAGGAAAAGCGCGUAUUAAUAUCGUAAAGCCCAAAGAUCGAGGUUUUGCCGUAAUACCAAAUAUUGAACAAAUAACACCAACAUCUGGUUCAUUGGCUGGUGGCGCCCUUUUAACAGUCUCCGGUUAUGGAUUUGGAGAAUCGCCAAUGGUUGAAGUAGAUGGAUACCAGUGCAAAAUCAUCACAAAUACUUAUAAGGAAAUCGUGUGUGAAACUCCAAGACAUACAAUUGAAGGUGAAAAACAUGUCACAGUGGAAGCAUUUGUAAAUGGUGCAUCCCAUCCUGCAAAAUGUGAAACAUAUUUGAAGAAGUGCCGAUUCUUAUAUGCUCGCUUAUAUACAUCGACUGUGUCUUCUAUUUCACCAUCAUCCAUGUCUGGAGCAACUUCAUUCACAAUCAAUGGAACAGCUCUUGGUACAAAUAUUGGAGAAGUCAGUGUCUCAAUUGGUAAUGUUAUAGGAACUGUAACUUCAGUAGAUGUAACAGUUCUUGUUGUAGAUGUUAACAACAUCCCUGCAGGUGACAAUGAUGUAUUUGUUUAUGUUAAAGAUUAUGGUAAAGCUUCUGGAAGGUUGUCAGUAUUUGGAAAUCUUAUGAUAAGUCAAAUUUCUCCGUCUUCUGGGAGUAUUUAUGGUAACACUAAAAUUACAAUUCAAGGAAAUGGCUUUUUUAAUACAGCAUCUGUUACUAUCGGUGGGGCUGCAUGUGACAUAGAGUCUAUAUCUCUUUCUGUUGUGAUAUGUGUAACUAAAGCCCAUGCUGCUGGGUCUACCACUGUUGUCGUGACAUCAAACAGCAUAUCUGAGUCUUCGAUAUACACCUACGCAGCCAGCUCAACACCGACUAUUACAUCUUUAAACCCUACCUUCGGAGUUGCCGGGCAGACAUUGACCAUUACUGGAUCAAACUUGAGUGGAGGCAAUGUUGCUGUCACAAUUGGACAGUCUAGUUGUGACUACAUCUCUGGUAAUGCAGGAGAAAUCAAGUGCACUAUAGGGGAUCAUCCAACUGGAAUGGCUAAUGUCCUUGCACAUGUUGCAAAACUUGGAUAUUCAAACUCAAACAUUCAAUUUGAAUACCAGCUUAGUAUCGAUAGCAUACACCCUAUCCGAGGAGGUAAAACAGGUCGUCAAAUUGUGGUCAUAGCGGGAACAGGGUUUGAUGAUUCAGCUGUUGUUACAAUUUGUGGAGAGACUUGCCAACAAACUCUCGUAACAACAUCAUCGUACACAUGUAAAACACCGGCAAGCUUAGAGGAAAGAUCUUGCGAUGUAUCCAUAACUUUAAAUGGCUUGACAAAAACUCUUUCAAAUGCUUAUACAUACGUUUCAACCCUCACAUCCUAUAUACAAAAUGUGAGUCCAAGAAGAGGGGGUACUGAAGGUGGUACAAUGUUGACCAUCACUGGGUCAUAUUUUGGGACUGUUCCGGGAAAUGUUAAAGUUGAGAUUGAUGGUACUGUUUGUGUUGUGUCUAGUGUUGUUGAUACUGAAAUAGAAUGUGUGACAGGGCCCCACAGAGGUUCUAUUAACACUAAAGUGGAUGUUGAGGUGUCAGGAAACGGAAUUGCUGGAGAGAGGCAAAAUGGAGAUGCUGAUUUCCUAUAUAUUGAUGUAUGGUCUUCAUUAUUUACAUGGGGCGGCGGCCCUCUGCCACAAGCUGGCGAAUCUGUUAUUGUAUCUGCUGGUAUGACAUUACUGCUGGACAUGGAUACACCUGUACUAUCGUUCCUGUUUAUUCAAGGAGGUCAACUUAUUUUUGAUGAGAAGAAUAUAGAACUGCAGGCAAACAUCAUUAUGAUAACAGACGGAGGACUAUUACGAGUAGGUACUAAAGACAAACCGUUCGAGCACAAGGCUAUUAUAACAUUACAUGGGCACCACAAAAGUAAAGAACUCCCAGUUUAUGGUACCAAAGUUCUGGCUGUAAGGAACGGUACUUUAGACUUACAUGGUAAAGAGGUUCCGCUAACCUGGACACGCCUCGCAUCUUCAUCUGCAAGUGGCUCCAACACUCUUGAGCUGGUUGACCCCGUCGAGUGGAAUGUUGGUGAUGAAAUAGUCAUUGCUUCCACUGGUCAUCGUCAAAGCCAGAAAGAAAAUGAAAAGAAGAGAAUUACCGCUAUAUCCCAAAACAAACAAACUUUGACUCUUGACUCGGCUCUUGAAUCAGAGCAUGUAGGUGUUGAGGAAACAUUUGAUGGUACACUUGUAGAAAUGAGAGGGGAAGUAGGACUUCUAACGCAUAAUGUAGUUGUCCGCGGUAACCAAGAUCCUCACUGGCAAGACGAAAUUAAAGCUUGUCCAGCUGGAUUUAACAUGGGUGAGUUCGCAACUCAGACUUGCUUCCAAGGAAGGUUUGGUGACGAGAUAGGUAGUAGUCAGUUUGGAGCUACAAUCCUUGUACAUGCACCAGUACAUGAUACACAUGAGGCACAAGCUCACAUUUCAUAUGUAGAAGUCACAUUUGCUGGACAAGCUUUUAGACUAGGACGCCAUCCUAUACAUUUCCAUUUGAAUGGUGAUAUGUCAACAAGCUAUGUUAGAGGAUGUAGUAUUCAUAAAACAUUCAACAGGGCUGUUAAUAUUCAUGGCACGCACAAUACAUUGGUAGAAAAAACUGUCAUUUAUGAUAUAAUGGGAGGGGGAUUUUUUUUAGAAGAUGGUAUUGAGACAGGAAACACCUUGCAAUAUAACUUAGCUGUUUUUGUGAUUGGAAGUUUAAGCUUAUUGAAUGAUGACGUGACUCCUGCCUCUUACUGGAUUACAAAUCCAUACAAUACAAUCCAACAUAAUGCUGCAGCAGGGGGAACCCAUUUUGGCUACUGGUACAUAAUGUAUAAAAAUCCGAUCGGUGCAUCAUAUGAUUUGAGUGUGUGCCCAAAAACCCAGCCAUUGGGUAUCUUUAAAAAAAACUCUGCACAUUCAUUUGGCAGGUUUGGAUUAUGGAUUUUUGAAAGUUACUAUCCGGUACAGGAUGGAUGUUUAGGCAAGUUGGUAGAACCAGCUGUGUUUGAAAGUUUCUUUGCUUGGAAUAAUGAUAAAGGUGCAGAAUCAGCUUGGACUGGUGCUUUGCAAUUUGUUGACUUUGUCCUUGUUCAAAACAGACUUGCUGGGUAUGAAAGUAAAAGUAUUGCUCAAGUUCCUAGAUAUAUGGAUGAUUCUCCCAUGGUAAAGGAUAGUUUAAUCAUUGGUAAAACCAGUAUCCAUCCAAAUGACUUUCAAGGAUGUACAGUAUAUGCUAUUAUAUUUCCGAUGGGUCAUGGAUUUAGAGUAGUAAACACAAGAUUUGUUAAUUUUGCAGAAAAUUGCUAUGUGUUUGGCUUUGCAAAAAUAGACCUUACUUGUACUUUAGGAUGUGGGGGAUUUACUUAUUACAUUGAGUCUCUAAAAUAUGUAAAUGCUCCAAAGAAAGCUUCUUAUGGUUGGGAGUGGGAAGGUAUCAUUUUCGAUAAAGAUGGAACAACUACUGGAAAAUCUGGAAAAUGGACGAUAUUGCCUACAUCUGCAACUAUUCCAUCUGACUGUGAGGCAGCUUCAGAGUUCAGUUUUGGAUUACCUGGAAGUAUGUGCCCACCACAAUAUAAGUGGCAUAGAUUCGCCUUUUACCUCAUGAGUCCAAAUUACCUUCAGUAUGAUGAUUUUACAUUUGCAAAUCAAUAUGGCAUUAGCUCUGUGCCCUAUCGAGAGAAAAGAGUAACCACUGACUUUGGGUGGUCGUGUGUUCUCUUAAGUGGCGCUACCUACAAGUUUGAUUUUAACAAUGGAGCUAAAGUUGGCAAUCUCAGAUUUGAAGGUCAUUUUGAAAACUUUGGGCCUGAGGACUAUAUCUUUGUUGAACUGGGUGUGUUAAAAGCCCCAGAUAGAUUCACAAUUGAUCAUGGAAAAACAUUUAUUGAUGCCACAGUUGGUGGCAUUGAUCCAUUAGCAGCAAAGGAUGGUGACUGGGAAUGGGACAAUGCAAAUCGCAAAAUUAAGUUUAUUGUGAGUGGAAGACAUCGUACCCAAAAAUCUGUUGUAGACAAUGUGUAUUAUUUUCACUUUUACAAAUGUCAAUAUGACAACUGUGUAACUCCACCGGACCCGUGUACGGUACCUCCGGCACCUACCAGACCCCUGAAUUACGAUUAUUGGCAUGAGGAGUUAAUAUGGGAACUAAAAGAAGAUGGUUAUGUAACAAAUGAUGUUGUUACUGGAACACAAGUACCGCAGGAUUACGACAAUGUCCGGAUACUUAUACACACUUGGGUUAUGGUGAACUUGACAUCCAUUAAUAAGAUUGGCAUACUGUUAAUAGAGGGCGUUCUAGAAUUGGCCGAUCAUCCAUCAGCUCAGUAUGUUAUAGAAGCUGAUUUCAUCGUUAUAAAAUGUGGGCGUUUAAUUGUCGGAUGGCCAAAUGAUCCAUUUGAUGGAAUUGCUUCUAUCAUUCUUCACGGGAAUGAUUCAUCGCCUUAUUAUAGUACUGGCGGUGAAACAACACUCGGUUCAAAGGCAAUUGGGGUGUUUGGAGGACUGGAUCUGUUCGGGAAAGAUGUAGGAACAACUUGGACUGAACUUGCAGCUACUGUUAAUGCUGGCUCUAAUACAAUUACAUUAAAAGAACAAGUACAGUGGUCAGUUGAUGAUGAAAUCGUUGUCGGUUCCACCAGCUUUAAUGCCUGGCAGACUGAAUCUUUUAAAAUCACUGCCAUUGCCUCAGACACUGUAACUUUGACUUUAAACGAGACUUUGAAAUACAAACAUAUAGCUCAUAAGGAAACCCUUGCCAAUGGUUUGGUUAUAUCAAUGGGAGCUGCUGUUGGUCUUCUAUCACAUAAUAUUAAAAUCAUUGGUGAAGAUUAUGACAAACUGUACACAGAAUCAUAUGGGGCUCGAGUCUUAGUUGGUCUUGUCAAAGGAGGAAAAACACACACAGGAUAUGCAAGAUUGUCUAAUGUGGAGUUUUAUCACACUGGACAAGAAGGUUAUACUGACGAGUAUGACCCUAGGUUUUCAGUUGCGUUUGUGGCAGUGGGGACAGUUAGUGACAUCAGACCGUCUAUUGUUACAAAAUGCUCCUUCCACAAUGGGUUCAACACCGCCAUAGGAGCCUUCGGGACCAGUAGUCUAAACAUUAUGGACAACGUUGUGUUCGGAUCAAUUGGAAAUGGUAUUGUCACAAGCUCUGAUGACACAGUCCUUAAGCAUAAUCUAGUAUCUUUGAUGGUAGCUACAAACAGUUACCAGGACCGUUUUGAGGAAUUUUAUCCACGAUGGGAGGCUGGUAUUGAGGCAAUGUCAGCAAAGCGGCUUAUUCUUCAGGACAAUCUUGUUACGGCAUCAGAAAGAAUUGCUUACCAUAUAGCACCACUAGAAUGUGAUGACAAUACAGGGAACCACAGGAAUAAUAGAAUGUAUGCAAACAUACUCGGAGCUGUCGUGCUUCCAGAUGACCCAGUCCCUGCAGAUUGUGCCAAAUUAAGCGGGUUUAUUGCAUGGAAAAAUCAUGACUUUGGUAUCUAUUAUCAAUCAAAAGUUAAUUUUGUCAGUGAAAAUAAUUUAUUGAUUGAAAAUUCCAAUGGUUUAUUAGCGAUUGUCAACGGUCCAGCUAUUUUAAGUCAUGUUUAUGCCGAUAAACGUGUUGAAAUAAAAAAAACAACAUUUGUUGGACAGACAUCAUCGUUUGAUUGUGCAAAUGAUAGGUUACCGUCACCUGACAACAAUACAGUGCUAUCUGCAAACUCUCGUCCAAGUUCUCCUCCCAAUGGUGACAUGGUUGGGCUUGUUUUUCCAAACUAUAUUUCAGAGUCAAAUAAAGCUCCUCUAAAACCAUUUAAGGGCCUAAUGAGUUACAACGCAAUCGGUGGUUUGACCACUAUUUCUGAUGUCACCUUUGCGAAGUAUGGACAGACUGCUUGUAAAAAUAACUAUGCUGUGACAACAAAUGAGGCAAACGAUGAUUUACAACACCCAAUGACAUCAGAAAGGACAACUUUGAUAGAUGUGGACAGUAGCCACAAAAUCAUUUAUCACAGACCAAAUGUAGGAAAGAUUAAUUCUGCCGAUUGUGUCGACAUGGACUGUGAUGCUUUAAAGAAGGCUAUGUAUAAGGAUUUGGAUGGAACAUUCUUGGGCCAUGUUGGAACAGUCAUCCCGCAGUCAGAAUAUGAAUGGGGUGGUGAUCCGAGACGAGGUCUUGGCGAUUAUAGGAUACCAAAAGAAAUGGUGACCACUGUUGAUGGUACCAGAAUUCCAUAUAAUGAUAUUGCUCCAUAUAAAGGUAUUAUCCGUAGUGAAAAUUGCAAAUAUGUAUCUAACUGGCAAGCAUACGAAUGUUUUGACGAUAUGAAUUACGAGAUGCUUGUGAUAGAAAGCAUGGACUCAGAUACAGAAACUCGACGACUCUCACCAGUUGCCAUUUUAGGUGAUGGAUACAUUGAUCUAAUUAAUGGGCCCCAGGACCACGGGUUGUGCAGCGAAUACACCUGUAGGAAGAGGGUUUCGACUUUCCACGCACUUGUUGCAACAGACCACGAAUAUCUGAUGCAUUUUACAAGCAUAAUACCUAAACACAUGCGAUACAGACUUUUGAACGUAAAUGCGAAUGAGGGAAUUAAACUUACUGUAUGGUGUUCAAGACCAAACAGAUUGGAUGUGUUUGUGAAUGGACAGUUCAAGACUGCAACUAAUGUGCGGAUUGAUAGCAACAAUAGAUACAUCACCUCUAUGCCACAAGGCAAUGAAUAUGAUCCUCAGAUUGCCGACGGAACAGGAACAAACUAUUUUGAUAAACAUCGCAAGAAGAUCAAAUUUAUAAUAAUGGGCCCGGAACAGAUUGACAUCAUAUCUCCUGACACUAUCAUCAUGUCAAUUAGUCUGCCUACAUUAACAGUUGAUGAUUUCAAUGGCGAUAAUUUGGUUGAAAAUUUGGCGGCUCUCUUGAAUAUUCCACCCACGAAAGUCAUUAUUUUGAACUUUGUCAGUGAUGGUAGUGGUGGAACUACUGUCGAAGUUGAAAUAGGAGAUGAACCUGCUUCAGAUUUACAUUCAACCGUAGCAGACCACAUUGAUCACUCGUCGUUGCUUAAACUAGCUGUUAAUAUUGUCAAUGAAUGUCAAGCUGGAAAUGUAUCGCAGACAUUAAACAUCACUGGAAAAUGCAAGACGGUCGAAUAUCCAUCAACUGAUCUAGAUGUGGCUUCAAUAAAAUACGUCUUACCUACUCCCCACCAUCUUUUCUUCCAUACUAAGCCUGUGGCCGACUAUGAAGGAAUUCUCCUUAUUACGCAACCGAAAGUACGAGUAGCUGAUAUUUCCAACAAUGUAGUGACAGAACUUGGAAUAGCUGAAUAUCCAUGGCAAAUGAUGGUAAGUGUUCGUCAGGGCACUGGACAUCCGUCUAACAUUCUCUCGGGCAUCCUUGAAGUAACUUGCUCCGAUGGCUGGUUCAACUUCUCUGACCUUGCUUUCUCUCACACAGGGAUUGGUUAUAUACUCGACUUCAACAUCACAUAUCCACCUCAGUCUGAGAACUUUGUCCUAGCAACGGAACCAUUUAACAUUGGUGGACGAGGUUUGGAGAUUAACCUCUAUGAGGCAACAAGUGGUGAUAUUACUACAGAUAGCCAGUUUUCCAUAAUCCUUGAUCUACAUGACUCUGAAACUUCUGAGACCAUCACUGAUAUCAGCUGGAGGAAUCAUACCUGGACAGCCAGUGUGUCAAUGAUAUCACCUUCCAAUUACUCAACUUUAGGUGGCACAACCACCAUAUCAUUUGACCCAAAUACAGGACGUGUGAUGUUUCCGGACCUUUUGUUUACCGGCUUUGGGACAUUUUGUUUGCAAUUCAGGGUUGUGUCUGAUCCCCCUGACUUCAACAUGACCAUGAAUCACAAAAUAAUUAUAAAGCACCCAAAACAUAUUGACAUGAUUGUUGAAGAAACAUACAAAGUGAUGGUGAAGUUCAAUGUAGAUUUUAAUGAAGUGCUACCAGAUGUGGACAAGCAUGAUGCGUUUGAGCAGAUGAUUCUGACAAAUUAUGCAAAUAUGUUGCCAGACGUACUAUUUUCUAACGCAUCUAUAUAUGAAGGCAGUAUUGUGGUGAAUUUUACGAUGUCCGGAUUAUCAGCCGACUUAAAUUCUACAGUCUACAGUCUUUGUGAGAUCAUUUACAAUGAAAUGUCAUAUGAAUUCUACAAUUACUCACUUAAACUGUCCCCCUACAUGACCGUCAAAAAUGAGACAUAUGAAUUUGAAUUUUUCUGUGGCAAAUUCCCUGAUGACAAGGAGGAUGAAGGUGGAAUGGAAUUAUACGUGAAAGUUACCGUUGUUGUCGUACCGCUCCCUAUCGUGGGGGUGGCCUUAUUCCUUUUCAUCUGGAGAUGUAAGGUCAAACCUAAAACCCAAACUCAUGACGUGCAGUCGGUUACCCUGGGUACCCUGCAUAGUAAUGCUGAACAGUCGGUUACCCUGGGUACCCUGCAUAGUAAUGCUGAACAGAAUCUUGAACACUACCUGUUCUGUGAAGGUUCUUCCGCAGGUUUCAGUGGUUCUCGACCGCCUACUGCAACUGGUAUGAUUCCCUUGCUCGAGGAGAGACCGCUGUCAUCAUUCUCAGUGAGAGUCAGUACGCCGGAUCCAAUGCAAAAGGGGACAGUCAAUGAUGGCUCUAUGGAGGAUGACAAUAACAUUUCACCACUACCUCCGUCUUGUGAAACCCCUGUGAUGUAUCUAAGGAGCCCGAGUCCAAAUUCGUCACUAGGAAGAGAAAGCCCACUUCCGCCUGUUGGCAGUGAUUACACCACAAUUAAUGUCACCUACGCCCCAUUGGCAGCUACCAAGCCGGAAACUAAGCCAAAGGAAAAGAUCGAGUGAACUAAUUGGAGGAUUUCCUAUGUAUAAAUAAUGAUAUGUGCUACUUGAAAAUAACAUGACAUGUAACAGUUGCCACGCUUAAAGGCAAUAGGAGACACUAAAAUAUGGACAAAUUUCGUCUAGACUGGAAUAUCAUGUUAAGAUUUCCAUUUUAUUUUACUUUAUUUUGGUUUUUACUUUACUAGAUAUCAACGGGGAAUACAUAUGACUAGAAACUAUGAGAAAAAAUGUUAAUAAAUAUUUCUGAUAAAUGAUUUACGAAUAGAACUUGAAAAUGUAAGAAGUUUAUGAUUUUUUUUUGUUAUUU